CGCCGCAAGUGAAGCAACUGGAGCAAUCUGAAUUAAAUAUGUUGAUUCUUCUGUUGAUAGCAAUCGUAUUCGGAGUAUUUGAUGCUGUUCAUGGUUCUUCGGCUAAUGAAACUGAUUUCCGGAACGAUGUUGGUGAAGGACGGGGCGUGGGGUUAGUUUUUCCGACCCUUUCAACUUUACAGCUUUCGAUUUGUAUGAGUUCCGGAACGCCGUUUUUCAAACCCAAAAAGAAAUAUCCAUUCCGUCGUUUGGGUGUCAACAUUGGCUUCCAGGUUAAUUAUAAUUUACCCUAUCGGUUGAUGGAUUUCUACAAACCUCCCACGUUUGCCAGGGCGUUUAUCGACGUCAUCAAAGGUCGAUUGAUGCCAACGGAAGUUGUAACGGCCAGGGCAUCGAGGAAGCGUCGGUCGAAUCGACAACUCAGCGCCGGCGACAUCUACACGGCAAUGAACGAAGCUCUCGAAUUUUCCGGCUACGAUGAAGAUUGUCUGGUGAAAAGUGUUUGCGAAUUGGCCCACAGUCCGUUUCACAAUGUGGAGGAAAAUUUGUACACCGAAAUUCUGCACUUUGUGCUAACACCUUCAGAGCAUAAAUCUUUUGAGCCCCACGAACGGAGGAUGCGAACUAAGUAUGAAAGCGCCGAGCAACUGGGGAAAGAAGGAGCGAACUGUGAUUUACUUUUUCCAAAAUGUAGGAAGUCAUUCCUGAGUGACAUAACUGGAUUUAUGGGGAUGGAAAAUGAAAUAAACGCUAUUGAAUAA